AUGGGAUUCCCUUAUAAUGGUGAUGUAGGGGUUUUUUGCAGGGUUGAAUUAACUGGCAGAAAGAAGUGCUUAAGCCAGUUCUUGUGCCCAGCUGUUCUCUCUUUUACCAUGGUCAUUUUCCUAUGGUCUCCCACCUUGGUAGGCUCCAAGACUUGGAGAUGCCCAGCUGUAUGGGAAAACAGCCUAGAGGGAAAAAUAUGCAGGAAAGAAUCUUUAAUUAAGCUCUUCUUUCUGUUCAUUGAUCCUGCCCAGCAAAUCUCUAUCACCCCUGCAAUCACGUCAACUGCCAGAUAUAUUGGCUUUCCAGAUGCAUGA